GCCAUUUAGCAAAGAACUGAAUUAACUGAAAUAAUCUUCGAUAAUUUAUUAUUAUCAACUUGAACAAGUUUAUACAUAAAAUGAAUCUAGAUACACUUUGUCGUGAAAUGCCUAAAAUUGAAUUACACGCUCAUUUAAAUGGCUCUUUAAGCCGGUCUACGAUGCUUAGUCUGCAACGAUAUUUAGCCGAUUUGGGUAUAAAAGAUAAGACGAAUGUUUUUAUAAAUGAAUUUCAAAUGAGUUCUGGAGAUUCGAAAACACUGCUUGAUGCAUUUUCAUUAUUUACAAUAGCACAUGAACUAACAAGUGUACCAGAAUCGCUUGCUAUGGCAACGGAUAUGACCCUGCGGGAAUUCGAAGAAGAUGGAUGCUGUUACAUUGAGUUGAGAAGCACACCGCGGCAAACUCCACACAUGACUCAUAAACAAUAUCUAGAAACAAUAGUUCAAACUAUGAGAAAUGAGAAAUUCUCAAUUAUACCAUGUUUAAUUAUAUCAAUAAAUAGAAGUAGCCCAAAUGAUGUCGAAAUGAUAACCAACUUGGCUAUAGAAUAUCAUAGAAAAUAUCCCGAUACAGUUGUUGGCAUUGAGUUGAGUGGUAAUCCAGCUGUGGGUAGAUUCUCUCAUUUUCUACCAUCUUUGACAAGAGCAAGAGAAGCUGGCUUAAAAGUAACAUUGCAUUGUGGUGAAAUACCAAAUCAACAAGAAAUUACAGAAAUGCUUAAAUUUAGACCAGAACGCAUUGGUCAUGGAGUCUGCAUACAUCCAAAUUAUGGAGGAAAUGAAGAGAUAUGGCAACUGUUAUGCAAGUCACAAAUACCUGUGGAGCUAUGCUUAACAAGUAACGUGAACACAAAAUCAACACCAAGCUAUUCGGCACAUCAUUUUAAAGAACUUUACAAUGCAAAUGUUCCCAUUGUUUUAGGUACUGACGACAAAGGAAUAUUUGCUACAUCACUUUCGCAGGAAUAUCGUAUUUGCGCUGAAACAUUUGGAAUAGACCCAUCAAAGCUUGUUAGAUUAAGUCUCCGUGCUUGUGACUAUAUAUUUUCACAUGAUAAGAAAAAGACUCUUAGUGACAGAAUACUUAAUUUUAUAAAUAAAAAUGCAUUGUAAUUUCGAGAUGAGGACAUUUUUUACAAAAUUACCAAAAAAAUUAAUUAGUAAUUAUUAUUUUACCUUAAUCGAAAUAAAUAAUUUAUUAAUGGGUUUUAAAUGCUUUUCUGCAAAAAGGAUAUAAAUAUGAAACCUUGAGCCAAAAGAGUUUAAUAAUAAACCUUGAUUAUUUU